GACUCUAUUCAGCUCUGACCCAUUUCACUGCACAAACACACACUCAAACACGAGCACAGACCCACACAUUCAAACGCUUUGCAAGCAAAAGCCGUGCAUUCAUACAAAAGCAAAGCAGCCACACACAAAACACUUACAUAUGUGCCAAGCUUCAUUUCUGCUCUGUUGAGUCUGUUCGUGUCACAACUCCGCAGAUGUUUUAGCCAUGGGGACAUGAACACUAAAUUUGCACAAAUUCUCUUCCCAGUCGUUUGGUUGGAACAGCGGGUUUUGAAAUGAUAAUGAAUCUGUGGGCCCUGGAUCUCCCACAUGGCAUCAUGUCUAGUGUGGAAACAGAAGAAAUAGAAUAAGGCAGCCCUGGAAAGCAGCAGCAUAAGAUUCGUUUUCUAUUUUUUUCCCCCUUCCCUUGUCAAAUGUGAAAGUCAAAUUCUGGGUGAACUAGAUAGAUGAAGCAGUCUGUGUUUCUAAGAAGUGAUAAAAUGUGAAUCUGAGGUUAGCGAUACAGCUGCUGAGAGCAGAUGGUUCCCCAGAACAGCUAAUUCACAGUUCAAAGUCUGGCUGUAUCAGUCAAUAACAGGAAAGCAUGAGCAGCAAAUGAUAAUAAAAAAAAAAACUCCGGAAUUGUUGGGCGGAGUGCUGAGUCAUAUUGUGCACGAUCCUGCACACGUAGUUUCAGGUGUUGAUUACAGGUGUAAUAAACAAACCUCACCUCAUGCACUUAUAUAUGAGGCAGAAAGAGGCUCAGAAUGAAAGACGGGUUGGACGCAAAGGCGGUAUAACCACUGAGAAGGCCAGACAUGACUUUGGAAAAGGGCACGUCAGCUGGGAUGAAGAGGGGCAAUAUGUCGCUGGAUCCUCUGGACUCUUCAGCUGCGCUCAAGUCGGAGCCGCUGUGCAUCUUUGGAACGGGCGACUUGGGCCGAUCUCUGGGCCAAUGUCUGCUCCAGUCUGGCUACGGGGUUGUGUAUGGCAGCCGCAGACCAGACAGCUGUGGCCCUUUGCCUCAGGGAGCUCAGGUGAUGACCCACCAAGAGGCAGCCCAAUUUGCAAAUCUGAUAUUCAUCUGCGUUCAUAGGGAACACUAUGAUUUCCUGGAGAUGCUGGCACCUCAUCUUGAAGGAAAGGUUCUGGUGGACCUGAGCAACAACCUGAAGAAAAACUUGUACCCAGAAGCCAACGCCGCCUACUUGCAGAGGCUGGUCCCGAAAGCUGCUGUGGUGAAAGGCCUGAACACGGUGUCUGCCUGGGCCCUGCAGAACGGACUGCCGUCAGGAACACAGGUGAGAGUGUACCUUUGCGGGAACAAUGAGGAAGCAAAGCGCGCAGUAGCAGAAAUGGCUACCAAACUGGGCCUCACAGUUCUGGAUCGAGGGUCUCUAUCUGCAGCCAGAGAGCUUGAGGACUUCCCCCUGCGACUCUUCCCAGAGUGGCGGAUACCGCUGUGGGUAGCGUUCAGCCUCACCGCCGCCUUCUUCAUCUACCUGGUCAUUAGAAAUACCGUCUAUGAUUACGUCAAUAACGGUCAGGACGUCUCCUACGGAAUCAUGGUGUCCCUGGCCAACAAGGUGUUUGCCGUCGUGUCUCUCAUCAUGCUGUCUCUCUGCUACCUGCCUGGUUGCAUUGCCGCCUUCCUCCAGCUCUACAGAGGGACCAAGUACAGGCGCUUCCCUGACUGGCUAGACCGCUGGAUGCUGUGCAGGAAGCAGAUGGGUCUUGUUGCACUAGGCUUUGCUUUACUCCAUGCCAUCUACUCACUUAUCAAUCCUCUGCGCUAUGUUUCCACGCGCCGCACCAUCACGAGUGUGGUGCAGGAGUUGAACAACCCUACCACAUUUGACAACACCCGAGCAUGGCGCAUAGAUUCAUUCUAUGCGCUGGGAAUCCUGGGCUUCUUUCUCUAUGUCCUGCUAGGACUGACAUCGCUGCCCUCUGUGGGAGGCUCCCUCAGCUGGAGAGAGUUCAGCUUCGUUCAGUCUAAGCUGGGCUACCUGACUCUCUUCUUUUGCACGGCACAUGGCUACAUUUACGGCUGGGACAGAUUCCUUGACCAUUCCACCUACAACUGGUACACUCCUCCAGUCUACAUGCUCUGUCUCAUUAUACCGACUGUGGUUCUGGUGUUCAAGUUGAUCAUCAUCAUUCCCUGUGUCGACCGCACUCUGAUGCGCAUUCGGCAGGGCUGGGAGAGGAACCCGCUGAGGGGGGAGACGGAUGACCUCAAAUUCACCAACCUGUGAACUCUGACCGCUCGAAAUCGUUCUGAUUAUUGGGCGUUUCAUUCACAUCCUCUUUGGAAGGAAACAAAAAAAUAAUAAUCUGCCCUACUUGCAACUAAAGUAUUACAUUAAGUGUGCUGGUUUGUAAGUAGGUGAAAGGAUUUACAAUAUUGAAUACUUUGAUUUUGCACAAAGUAUUUUAGUAGACGGGCUUUAAUUCUCUAAAGAAGUAAUGUUUCCAAAAAACUAAUUUAGUCCAGUUUGUGUGUGACUCUCAAUUGUGCAAUAGCCAAAUAAAACAAGAAGCUAUGGUUUAUUUCAGCCAAGUGGACAGGUCUCUGUGGAUAUAAAUGUUUUUAAUGUCUACUUUCUUUGAGCAUUGAAAGAAAGAAAGCAAGAAUGGAAAAAAACACUGAUUUCAUGUUUGUGUUGCAUCUUUUCCACCGAACGUGGUGAAAAAUAGAUUGAUAUUCCCUGCUGAAAUCCAUUGUUUUGAUAAACAUAGGCACUAGUUUUUCUGUUUUCCGCUCUCCUUUUCCCUUCAAGUGGUGCAAUUGUGUCCCCGAGGUUGCUCUCUUUUCAGGAUGUUAUUGAUCUCGCCGUUUUCUGACACAAAUACCUCACUACCCAAACCUGCCUUGCCUCCCAAGGGCAUGCCGAGGCACACACACGCUUGCAUAUGCACACAUGCAACGUAAAGGAGAGCAAGGUUAAGCUAAUUAUGCUUUCCACAUGCGGCGUUAAUACAUGCAGUGACAAGUGUGAAGGUGGAUGACGGAUUGUGCAGCCAAAAGCAGACUCGAGAGGCAGAACAAGUGUCAUGAAAAGUGCUAUUGCACUGUUAGUCAACAGCAAAUUUGCCGAGCUGAAGCAAGAAACAGUAAUAAACCAUGCAAGCUGCCUCUAAUGUGUGUGUGAACCAAUGAGGAGCAGCUGAAUAGAAAGAUCAGGCCUGACUUGAUCAUGAUGGUAAACACAGGUGGUGAAAAGGUGCAGAAUAUGGCAACCUGUUGUAAAUUUUAAUAGCUAGAUAUGCAUUGCAGAUACUCUUAAUUCAAUCAUUUCUAGUCAAAAUGAACAAUUCUGCUGCAGAUAUCUCCAAUAUGAACUGUGGCUAUCUGGAGCUAUUCUCCAAAAAACAUCUUUUUGAUAUCAUUCCAUUUAAAUUUUUAAGUCGCCUUUUAUACUUUUAAAGAAACUGUAGUAUUUAUGUUACCACCCCAGCUAUGUAUCACUGAUAAUAUCCUACAGGGAUUGAUGAAGUGCACAAACUUGGAGGGACGGAGAGCAGCAACAGCUGGAGGAAAAGAGUUUAAAAAUGUCUACAAAAUGGAUGUUGACGUUCUUGUAUUGCUGUUCUGUGUAAUAUUCUUCUUUUUCAAUCAUCAAAAUGUUCAAAA